AUGAGUUUCCAUGAAGCACACAACCUUCGAGAGAACCUGAGUGAGAGAGAGCUGCCGCUAUUUCACUCAAAGAUGAAGAGAGUUGUGAAGAAAAAUCGAGCUGAUGGGAAGAAAGACCCAACAAAGAAAGCAAAGAGGAAGAGCAAGAAAGGACUGCUAACAGAGAAAGUCAAGAAGCGGAUGAAGAGGAUGAAAAGAAGACGCCAGCCAGUGAGGGAAGACGUUGCUGGGCCCUCGAGUGCCAUAUCACCCGAGGCUUCUCCUGACCGAUCUUCAUCCCCUGACCAAUCUCCAAUGACAACACCCGCACACUCACCAGACCAUUCCUGCUCAACAUCGCCCGUCCACCCACCCACGCUUUCACCAGACCACUCCUGCUCCACAUCCCCCGGCCACCCACCCACGCUUUCACCAGACCACUCCUGCUCCACAUCCCCCGGCCACUCACCCACGCAUUCACCAGUCGACUCCUGCUCCACAUCACCCGGCCAUUCACCCCCGCAUUCACCAGAAGACUCCUGCUCCACAUCACCCGUCCACCAACCCACGCAUUCACCAGAAGACUCCUGCUCCACAUCACCCGUCCACCCACCCACGCAUUCACCAGACGACUUCUGCUCCACAUCGCCCAACCACUCACCCACGCAUUCACCAGAAGACUCCAGCUCCACAUCGCCCGUCCACCAACCCACGCUUUCACCAGACCACUCCUGCUCCACCUCACCCGGCCACUCACCCCCGCAUUCACCAGACCACUCCCGCGCCACCUCACCUGCUGACCAAACAUCCACUGACGAUGACUACACCACUGAUGAUGAUGACGACGAGGACGUGAGGUACAGCCUUCCACCCGGCCACUCACCCAUGCAUUCACCACACUCGCCCGGCCACUCACCCACGCAUUCACAAGACCAUUCCUGCUCCACCUCACCUGCUGACCAAACAUCCACUGACUACACCACUGAAGAUGACGAUGAGGACGUGAGGUACAGCCUUCCACCGGAGUACUCUCCCACCUCCUCUGCACCUGCCUCAAGUGAGGAGCUAUCCCUUCAACACAGACUCGGAGUCAUCGGAGGAGAUCGCACCUAA